GCCCCCCAGCAGGUCGUAGCGGUGAAUAGAUAAGAGGCGGAGGGAUCCUAUCCGGUUUGAACUAGUUCUGUGGCUGGCAUAUUAACCGCUUGCAGACGCUGGGGAUCGAGGUAUUCUUUGUGAGGACUCCAUCUGCAGGAGGGAAAGAAGGGAUUUGCUACGCUCUCUGCCGUGCACUCAGGCGUCCAUUAGUGCUGGAGGCUGCAGCGGGUGCAGGAUUACCACUCUCUCGAUAAUAAAACAAAAAGCACAAACUCCUCGCCAUGCCCAAGAGAAAGGUCAAUGCAGCUGAUGCUGGAGAUGCAAAAGAUGAGCCCAAGAGGAGAUCGGCACGGUUGUCGGCUAAACCAGCACCACCAAAAGCUGAACCAAAGGCGAAGAAAGAGAAAGCCGUAGUAAAGGAGAAGUCAGAGGACAAAAAAGUCCCAGCAAAAGGAAAGAAGGGAGCCAAAGGCAAACAGACUGAGGAAGCUAACAAAGAGGAAGCCAAGGAAGAUCUGCCAUCUGAAAACGGAGAGACAAAAAGUGAUGAGGCCCCAGCUUCUGAUGGAGGAGACAAGGAAUCAAAGUCUGAAUAACUUUCAUCUUGUAACAAGUCUUUUAUCAGUGGUUCCUGUACCUCCCUUGUACAAUUCAGAGGAAUAUUUUUAUCAACUAUUUUGUAAAUGCAAGUUUUUUAGUAGUUUAAUUCUAGAAAACACAUUUUUAAAAUAGGGAAUCCCACCACAGAUUUUAUUUUAAAUUUUUUAUUUUAUUUUUUUGUUCUGUUUUUAUUUGGAUGUAAUUAUUGCAUUUCCUAAGAACAGGUUAGCAGUCAGUACCAGUUUUCAGCUGUCUGGGGGGUGUUACAUGUUUUUACUCUGGGGAGUGCGUCUCAGGCUGAUAUUCAGACGCCUGUGAUAAUGACUGUUUGAAACCCGCCUUUUGCGCGGGUUGCUUGUAAAACUGACUGCUGUCACUGGUACUCAAAACGGUUCAAUUUUUAUUUUUAAUGUCUUAACAUUUUAACUGUUCUGUACCCCUUGUCUUGCGUACAAUUUUACAACUUAAUAAACUCCCCUGGUGACGGAUAUCCCUCUAAGAAUUGUGUACUAUCUGUGACAAUGUUAUUCAUUUUUUAUUUUUCUGGGUAGUGGUAUUUUAUUUUCAGUAACUUUGUAAAAGUGCUGUGAAUCUUCGGGGAAAACCUCCUUUGCGUGUGUAGUGAGUUUGAUGUGAAGUACUGGCAAGCAAAGCAUGACGGAUCCAAUGUCGACCCCUAUCUUCUAAACUUAUUUUCUUAUUUAAUUUUUUUUCUCCUAUGGUGGCUGAAAAAUUACAGUUGGCCUCCUUGGGAGAGAAUGAUUUGUACUUAAAGCAUCUUAGAUGCUGGUACGAGGGGUGCUAGUUUAUUUUCUACAAAUCGGCUUUUGUUUUAACUGAAAGCUGGAAAAGCCGCUACAAUAUGGAUUCAAAUACAUUAAACUACAUGUUUUUAUUCUAGAUUUCCAAUUCUAACUAGAGUUUUAAGAAGAAAAACAAAUUGUACAGCUUGUUCAUAGUGUCUGUGUACUUAUCACCAAACCAAUAAAACCUGGUUGAAAUGUU